CGAACGGGCGUAUUUUACGCCUGCAAUGUCCUGCCAAGCAAGCGUAAAUUACGCAUGCUUUGAGACAGCAACGAGACACCUGUUUUUUACGCUUGUCUUUAUUACAUUACAUGCGUAUUUUUCACCCGUUAAUGUAAUCGCGCGUAAUUUACGGGCGUUCUGUGUGUCUUACGCAUGCUUUUUGCGCAUGCUUAUGCCCAGAUCAAGCGCAUGAAUAGUUUGAUACGGACUGAUUGGCCUUCCAUAGCCCGUCCCGGUGACGCAGCUCCAGAUGUGCAGUCGUCACAUGAACCGAGGCUGAACCGCGGCGUCGACCACACCGCUGCAUAAGAUGUCCACUGAGCUCUACUCAAGGAGCGCCUCAGCUGAGAAUGAAGCCAGGCCUCCGAACACCACGGUGGGGGGCAGCAAACCUCUGCACCGCUUCCUCAGGGGCAAUCCCAAGAUAGUUGGUAUCGUCUUGCUGGUGCUGGGCACGUCCUUCUUCACCAUUUCCAUGGGGCUCAACAUAGAGGCGGUGGUUGUCAACACUCUGUCGGCCAUUCCAACAGGCUUUUUACUGGGAUCUCUGUUCAUCCUAUGUGGGAUCAUGUAUAUUCUAGCGGAGCACAACCCAACCAAGAAAACCGUCACCAUAUCGCUGGCUCUUGGUGUUGUGACCAUACUAAUAGCAUGUUGGAACGCUUUACACAUGAUAAUGAACUUGGUAUUCAUUCUACACUACAGGAGCUAUGACUAUUCUGAACACAAUUCAACAGAGACUGAACACACAGACGGGUAUUCGAAUUCACAGAACAUUGGAUUCACCGUGGAAGUGAUAUUCACGUUCUACACUCUAGUGGGCAUCAUCAUAUUCAUUGUCAUGUCUUCGCUGGCUGGAGCAGCCCUUCGUUCCACAAAGAGCCAGGCCGUUAUUAUGAUGACUGCUGCACCAACCGAAGCGCCAGUCGAACCACCAGCUCAACUGGAGGAUCGCAGUGUGAGCAGUUAAGCAGAGAGAAGACGAUGUGUUUCGCUUUGAGGAAACAACUCAACCCAGCUCCUUUGUAUGAACCUCCUGAAUAUAGACAGGAACACAGAACACGUACCGCACAGUAUGUAUGAUGUGCAUAGCCUUUGUUUUUGUGAUUUAUUACUGUUGCCACUAAACAAUCAUUAAAAUUAUUAUUUUUUAACAAAUGUAAGUCCGAAUAAGCUGGGUGAUGGCAUCACAGGCAUUUAGCAUCUAUUUGCUCUGCAGCCAUGUGGUGGUGAAAAUAGUGUCAUGAUAAUGUCUUCUAAGGAACUCUCAUUAAAGAGAUAGUGGAAGUGCUGCAGAGCAUAAAGGCCAAAUGACCUAUGACCCAAUUAAUAAAAUACUACCAUAGUUUGUUAGGAAACCACUACUGACCACAAAAUAUAUAAUGAUUAACCAGUAACAACUUAAUAACCUAUAUGUAAUGCAGAACGGUUCUGCCCCAGGAUGCUGGGUUGCAUUUUUUGGUGCAAAAGCACCUAAUAAAGUGGCCUGUGAGGACACAUACUAUGGUACAUAUACACUCAAGCCUCUGACAUCAUUUAAAUAAAGUUAAGCUUGUUUAAUAAGUCUAA